ACUUUUUAUCAAUACGUAAAAUAAAGGGUGAAGAUAACGGGUUGAGUUGGUCAUUUUAGCCUAUGACUAUUUCGGAUGGAGAUAUUUACGAACAUUUUAUAUACAUGUAUAUUGUGGACUGUGUUUAAAUUAAAUUACACUUUAUAUUCCGGAUUUAACUUUUAUCAUUUAUAUAUAUAUUUGAAGCACAACAUAUUCAGAAUGUUUCCGCACUGAACAAUAUUCAUAAGAGUGUUUUCAUUAUGUAGAUUGGAUUGUGAUGUAAAAAAACAAAGGUGAUGAAGAACAUAGACCCUGUACGGAUAACAGAUCAACAAUAAGGAAAUAACGACUAACAGUCAACCGACAUUGUCGUCUAGUGUUGGAUAUUCAGCGUGAUGUGAGCUAGAACUGACAAUUUACGGAAUAGGACCGAUCUCCGGUUUGACAGGAUGACGGAAUCUGGUGUGUCGUUAGGGAGGUGCCAUGUACAUAAGAGAACGGUCAUAUGUGUUUUUUUCGCGCUUAUUGUUUUAUUGAUAUUUGCGACAUAUGGACAAAUAGGGAAUGGACGACAGCUACACAGACCUAAUAUGGAGAAUAUACAGUGGCCACCGAGUCCUAACAACCUAGCAGAAUCAGAACCAAUCUUGAGCGAACAAAGACAAAUUGUUGAGGCCGUAAAGAAAGUGCGAAUUCUUUGUUUAAUACUUACUAUGGAAAAAGACAUAAAUACCAAGGUGGCGGCCGUAAACAGCACGUGGGCGACUCGAUGUGAUAAACAUUUCUAUGUGAUAAACUCACGUCAGAAGCGACAUGAUUUUCUGAACAUUGAUGUUCCUGACACUCGACGUACUUUGGUACACAAAAUGAGGAAAGCUUACGAAGAAAUCUAUAAAAAUUAUAGAAACGAUUUUGAUUUCCUGCUCAAAGCAGAUGAUGACACGUAUGUGAUAGUUGAAAACUUAAAAUACCUUGUGUGGCAUCAUGACGCUGAUAAACCGGGUUAUCUAGGCUUUCAUUUCAAUAAAUUCUUAAAAAGUGGUUAUAUGAGCGGAGGUGCUGGUUACGUCAUCAGUAAUCGUGGACUACGUCAGUUAGUUGAACGGGGAUACCAAAAUGGCGUUUGUGAGAUUGUUCCCCGGAAAGAUGACCCAGAAAACUCAGAGGAUAUUGAAACCGGAAGGUGCUUGGAGUUAGCAGGGGUUCCAGUCUGGUCGUCACUGGACGUGCAAGGCAGAGAGACGUUUCAUGCAUAUCCGUUAGAGCAACAUCUGUUUGGAAAUUUACCACAGUUCAUGUUUAGCUGGGCGAAACAUCCCUUAAAAAAGGGUAAAGAAUGUUGUUCGAGGUAUACAAUAUCAUUUCACUAUGUGAAACCGGAUGCCAUUUACUAUCUUCACCACGUGCUGUACGAGACAACCGUGUUCGGGUUAGCCGAGAGUCAACAUAGAAAUGAACCUGUGUUCAAUACGUCAUGAUGUCAUUUGAAGUUGUUUAGCAGACCUUUAAAAUCUCACUUUUGUGUAUUUAAUGGUUCCACUCUUCAUUUUGAGAUUACGUUUUGCUCUCUCAGGAAUUUAGCAGAUGUGAAAUUCUGAACGUGGCCAGUUAAACAAACCAACGCAAGAUAAUAAUUUUUAUAACAUUUUUAUAAAGCUACAAAAUUAAUGUGCCGGUUCGGAACACAAUUCAAAAAGAACAUUAGCAGUUUUUUUUCAAGUAGUGAUUAGCGUCAACAGACGUUAAAUAGUGAAAUAGUGGCAUUGACGUCAUCGUCACCGUUAUUUUUGAAGAAUCACUGAUACGCGUCAUAAGUAGCCAAUCAUUGUUCUGUUAAGUCAUAUGCGUCAUAUACGUCUCAAACUUUUUUGUGUGAAUCAUCGAUGAGCGAUGAGUUUGUAGUAACGUGGCAAAGCGUAAUACAAGUCCCGCUGGCCGAACCUGACGCCACCUAAAAACUUCAGAUAUUCACAAACACGGCUACGGAUGGCGAUAAGUACGCGAGAAGACGUCAAUCUGUUAAAAUACUUGAAUAAUUCCAAACCGGCUUAGGUAUUGAUAUUGUGCCAAAAAGUGCAUUUUUUUCCAUAAACGAAAUAAUUCACGUUUACAAUAUCCAUUCUUAUAACGAUUUGGUUUUAUAUUGAUAAUAAGAGAUUAAUUUUGUAUGUUUUUCAAUAACUAAUAAAAUACACGUUAUUGUUACAUGUUAAAUUUGCCAUAUUUUUAGAUAUUCUAUGCUCGUCCUUAAGUAAAAUAUUU